CGCACAAACCGAACAGGCUCGGUGCAGCACACCGCAGCUGUCCAGAGCCGGGCCGCCCGACCGAGGAGACCCGGGAGACGGGAGCAGGAGACGCGCGCGGCCCAACAGCAGACGUCCCGCACUAAGCCCGAGGAGACUCCCGACCAGAACGGACAGGCCUGUCGCGUUCUCAGCACGAGAGAGACCGCCCGAGCUUGGCGGAGGAGCGCGGAGGAGUCCCCGUCAGAGGCCAGGACCGGUCAGGCGAAGCCACCAACAGCCGACAGAGUCGCAGUCAUGCCUUCAGUGUACUUAGGCAACCUCUUCGGCAUCGCUUCCCUGCUGAAGCUUGCCGAAAUCAUAUUUUUGCUGAUCGUCGUGGCGGUCGCCGAGGCGGGCGACUUUCCUCCCCUAUUCGGUGGGAGCCAUCUCAGCCAGUUCUUCCUCGGUGCUGGUAUCUGCGUGGGAUACCUGAUAAUCAACCUCUGUUUGCUCGUCUCCUACGCCAUUGGACAUACCGGCACACAGCGUUCUGCGCUUGAGCUGUUCCUGUACAUCGUGGGCUUCAUCCUCUUUCUCUCACUCUCGAUCUCUGUGUUUGUCAAAUCAUCUGAUAUUUAUAAUAUCUAUCACUUGAAGACAAAGUUGAUCGUGGAGGGCUGCUUCCUGCUGAUGACCGCCGUUUGCCAGCUGCUCGACGCCAUCUUCAACUGGCGGCGCGACCCCCUUCAGUGAAUGACGCGCGAAGACGCAACUCAGCAACUCACCGGAACAAGUCCGGGCAGAGACGCGUAAUGUCACGAGCCACGCAACUUGAGGGCCCCCGGAAUUCCCCAGAGGACCAACAGUGACCCGUGACGUCACUUAGUUCUGUCGGAACGAGCGCGGGCCAUGACUCGACCACCUGGGCGCGGCCUUCGAAGGGACUUUGCAGUCUCGCGAGAGGUGAACGUCUGCGUGGGUAGGUGCAUCCCAAAGGUGGCGUUUUGUGUAGCCUAGUGGAUCAGGAUGAUCAGCAUGCAUGCAAUGGACGGGGCUUGUCGGACGGUGCAUUGCAGGCCACAGCUGUUACAGUAUGUGUGCCUCUUAUGUGCUUUGUGGAGCAUUUACCAGCUUGCUUGAUCUUUGCGAAUACGCACGUUGUUACCGAGGUGGGUGAUUUUUUGGGGAAAAGAAAUCACAUUCGUUUUCUAUUAGUAAGACUUAAGGUACUGCGUUUUCAACUAAUACACACCAUCUUUCUGCUCGACCUCAA